AUGGACGCGAAAGAGAAAUCUCUGAUUAACGAAAGCUUGCCGACUCAGGAGGACUCGCAACUUGAACCAACUGCAUCUCAAGACACAGAGAAACAAGAAAAUUCAGCCCAGUUACAUUUUCUUGCGGCGGGCCAGUCUCAGGAGCUCCAGGCCCAUUACCAGAACUUAGAGCAGAUCUUGCGCAAACGAACGCAGCAACGCGAUGUCUACAAAGCCAGGUAUCAGGCGCUCGCGACGGAAUUGACCAAGCUCAAAUCUCAAGACCAAGGUUUCUCGCAGCUGGAUGAUAGCUAUUUGAUACAGCAGGUGGAGGGUCUACGGGUGAAGAUCUGGAACUUCGGCCUUCAUCACUACGGAGGGGUCGUCUCGCGCGGAAAAUCUUUGUUGGACCCUUUGCUAAGUGACUACACGGAAUUCAACAUGAGAAGCGACAUGGAUCUUGAAUACUACCUUGAACUUCCUGAUUGGCGGCCAGCGAUUAUGGAGGCAUUCCUGUGGAGGCUUAUGGUUGCCGAAAUUUUCAACAGAUUCUGGUGGGCAGGUAGUGUCGGCAAGUCCAUGAGCAGACUUCAUAGAGUUAUGAAACAAAGCUUCCAGUCGACAGCUGAUAUUCAGAGCUUCCAAACGUGGUCUGCUACGACGACCAAGUUGAUCCUCGAGUCACAGAAGCGCAACGGACCGCUAUCAAGUGGAAGCCCUGAGAGGAAAUUGGAGACGUUGGUGAAGGAGAUUCAUGGCGCAAUCCAACAAUACCGUACCUCGACACGAGGGGGCUUGAUGAACGCCAUUCGCGAAAUCUUGAACGAGGCGAUCGCACUGGAUGAGGAGCUCUGCCAACAACUCGCCCAGUUUGAGUGGGACUUCCCCGGACCAGAAGUAGAUUAUGAUGCCCAAAGGAUGCAGCUCGCGGAUGGAGAGGCGCCGGGUACUGAUGCCGAUGAGAAGCGGAAGAUCUGCAUCGCGAAACAAUGGAAGCUCAAGGUAUCUAGCGGGAAGGUCGUUGUUCUGCGUGACGUGUUGGAGAAGAUUGCAGGAUGGGUUGAUUGCUUUGUUGUGGUCGGGGAUACCAUUAUCCAGUAUGACCCCAUUCAUGCUGCGCUUCCAUGGGCAGCCUUCUGCUUUCUGUUGAAUGUCGCAGUCAGUGAUGUUCAGGCAUGA